CAACUAGCCCGUCUCCGUCUGGCCUGUCAGCCUUAUAACCCCUUUGCCUCCCGGUAUAACAUCAUACUUGGGCCUUCAUCUGUCCACCACUGUCCCAUCUUACCCCCAACCCUUCAAGCACCAGACAGAGAGCCACACGUCCGCAUGCCGAGCCACGGCCACCGAGUCUUUAUCGAAACCACCCGUACCAGCAGUCCCGACUUUAUACUGCGCACAAAAAGCCCUCGCCUCCAUCGCCGUUCCACGAGUGACGAGCGCGUCUACAUAGUCCAAGACGACGUGGACACCGUCCCCAUGGCCACCAUGCAUACCUCACGGGAUGCCCUCUACCGCGAGAACCACCUUCUCAAGGCAGAGCUCCGCGAUAAGGAGGGAGACCUCAAGCAGCACCGCAUCUGGGUCCAGCAGCUGCAGCGCCAGAACAACGAGCUCCGGCGGUCCCUCGACAGCACCGCAGAUGUCGACACCAAAGUGCGCGAGCUCCGGAGGAAGAACAGUAAGCUGGAGAACGAGAACAGCAGCCUCAAGAUCCGCGUCCGCGAGCUCACCCGCCAGCUCAAGGACGCAGUCGACGGCCGGGUCAGCAUCCUCAAGGCCCGCAUCGAGUCCCUCACCAAGGAAGUCGGUGACUGGCGCCACCGUUACGAUGAUCUCGACCGCCGCUACGAAGACCUGGACCGCCGCUACCAGCUGCUAGGCCGGAACCUCGACGUGCACGCCGAGUCCAACCGCCGCCUGACGGCCGAGAACGAGCUCCUCUCACGCCAGCUCGAGAUCGAGGCACGCAUACGCCGUCGGCGCGGCUAGUAAAGCGUCUAGCCUGGCGGCCUGUCUGUCUAGCGCCGGAAUAUGUUUAUCACCAUCAUUUGUCUUCGACUUUGCCCCGUUUCUUCUUCGAAAGGGAAUGGGAGUUCAGGGGUCUUUUUUUUUUUUUUUUUUUUUUUUCCCUGCAGGCGCCAUUAAUUCAGGGGUUUUCAUGGCGGCAUGUGGGAAGGAACCAGUGUGCGGAUGACCAAGAGGUAUGGCAACGCGCCCACCAGUCCAUUGCCCCCUUCGUCAGCUUACGGGUUUGUCUCUAGAGAUUGCUCCCUAUCGGAAACAAUGUUUCAGGCUUCUUUGUUU